CACACUGUUACAUUACCGUUUUGUUUAUUGAGUCAAAAACUGCCGCCAUUGCUUGACAAUUUCUUCGUACAACAUUCGAAAAAAUAUUUAAGCAUGGCUGAAUCAAAUUCAUUUAAUGACUUUGUGACCUGUCCUUACGACAAAGCUCACCGGGUGCUCAAGGGACGUCUGGCAAAACAUUUAAUAAAAUGCAGUCGUAAUUUGGGAAUAUCAGAAGAAUGGACCAUUUGCCCGUGUAAUACCACGCACCAUAUUAAACGGAAAGAUUUUGCUGAGCACCAGAAGGAGUGCCCAGAGGCUAAUUGGUUGAGGGCAUCAACAGUUCGAUCCGACAACGGCAACGGUCAACAAUCAGUAAAGCCAGUGUUGGUAGAGUGCGAUGAGAACUGGGAUGAUGAGCCCCCCGUAGAAGCUUAUGACCCAAGCGUCUAUUGCGAAGAGAAUGCUAUAAUACGCACGCUACAAGGACAUUCAAAGGCAGCACGAAAGGAGUUUCGGGAGAGCGAACGUCGUCGAUUAGCUAAUAAGAAGUAAAUUUGCCUACUCAAAAAUUGACUAUGUAAUUUGAAUUUACUUUAAUUAUGCUUUAAAAUAAACAACAUCCCUCAUUCUUUAAUGUUGGAUUUAUCCUUGA